AUUAAUUAGUGAGCUUUUAAUCUUUAAUUUCAAUUUUUAAAAUCUGUAGUAGGGACAAGGAUGAGAAUUGGCAUUUCUUGAAUAAAGCAUCUGUGUAAGAAUUUUCGUGUGCUUACAGGGAAUCAGUGAUAUGUAAUAGAAUCUAAAUCUGUAAUGUUUUCAGUAGACUAAGUGUAUCUUCUUUCUUCUACUGUAGAUCUGUCCUUAUUAGUGGAAAUGUAACUGGAACCGACUCUGAUGAUAAAAUCAAGGACCAUCAGCAAGAUCAUGCAGUAGAAAAUUUUGGUUCCAAAUGAAGACCCCAACAUUUAGAAUUUCUACUUUUUCUAAGUUUGCAUAAUUGGCCUUAAAUGAGGUGAGAGUGAAGAAACUAGAGCCGUCUCUGGAUACAUCGCUACCCCACUUCCCUGUAAGCUACCCUCCGGAGUGCUAGAUUUGAUCAUAUCUGUUUUGAGGACUCAUUAUGAACAAAGAAGUCUCCCAGGUGUGAAGUUUUUCAACAUGAGUGGCCUCGGGGACAGUUCAUCCGACCCUGCUAACCCAGACUCACAUAAGAGGAAAGGAUCGCCAUGUGACACACUGGCAUCAAGCACUGAAAAGAGGCGCAGGGAACAAGAAAAUAAAUAUUUAGAAGAACUAGCUGAGUUACUGUCUGCCAACAUCAGUGACAUUGACAGUUUGAGUGUAAAGCCAGACAAAUGCAAGAUUUUGAAGAAGACAGUCGAUCAGAUACAGCUAAUGAAGAGAAUGGAACAAGAGAAAUCAACAACUGAUGAUGAAGUGCAGAAAUCAGACAUCUCAUCAAGCAGUCAAGGAGUGAUAGAAAAGGAAUCCUUGGGACCUCUUCUGUUGGAGGCUUUGGAUGGAUUUUUCUUUGUUGUGAACUGUGAAGGGAGAAUUGUAUUUGUGUCGGAGAAUGUGACCAGCUACUUGGGUUACAAUCAGGAGGAAUUAAUGAAUACCAGUGUCUACAGCAUACUGCAUGUAGGGGAUCAUGCAGAAUUUGUGAAGAAUCUGCUACCAAAAUCACUAGUAAAUGGAGUUCCUUGGCCUCAAGAGGCAACACGACGAAAUAGCCAUACCUUUAACUGCAGGAUGCUAAUUCACCCUCCAGAUGAGCCAGGCACCGAGAACCAAGAAGCUUGCCAGCGGUAUGAAGUAAUGCAGUGUUUUACUGUGUCACAGCCAAAAUCAAUUCAAGAGGAUGGAGAAGAUUUCCAGUCAUGUUUGAUUUGUAUUGCACGGCGAUUACCUCGGCCUCCAGCUAUUACCGGUGUAGAAUCCUUUAUGACCAAGCAAGAUACUACAGGCAAAAUCAUCUCUAUUGAUACCAGUUCCCUGAGAGCUGCUGGCAGAACUGGCUGGGAAGAUUUAGUGAGGAAGUGCAUUUAUGCUUUUUUCCAACCUCAGGGCAGAGAACCAUCUUAUGCCAGACAACUGUUUCAAGAAGUGAUGACCCGUGGCACUGCGUCCAGCCCAUCCUAUAGAUUCAUAUUGAAUGAUGGGACAAUGCUUAGCGCCCACACCAAGUGUAAGCUUUGCUACCCUCAAAGUCCAGACAUGCAACCUUUCAUCAUGGGAAUUCAUAUCAUCGACAGGGAACACAGUGGUCUUUCUCCUCAAGAUGACACUAAUUCUGGAAUGUCAAUUUCCCGAGUAAACCCGUCCGUCAAUUCUAGUAUCUCUCCGGCUCAUGGUGUGGCUCGUUCAUCCACAUUGCCACCAUCCAGCAACAACAUGGUAUCCCCCAGAGUAAACCGCCAACAGAGCUCAGACCUCCAUAGCAGCAGUCAUAGUAACUCUAGCAACAGCCAAGGGAGUUUUGGAUGCUCACCUGGAAAUCAGAUUGUAGCCAGUGUUGCCUUAAACCAGGGACAGGCCAGUUCCCAGAGCACUAACCCCUCCUUAAACCUCAAUAAUUCUCCUAUGGAAGGUACAGGAAUAUCUCUCGCACAGUUCAUGUCUCCAAGGAGACAAGUUAGUUCUGGAUUGGCAACAAGGCCCAGGAUGCCAAACAAUUCGUUUCCUCCUAAUAUUCCAACAUUAAGCUCUCCCGUUGGCAUGACAGGUACUACCUGUAAUAAUAGUAACCGAUCUUAUUCAAACAUCCCAGUAACAUCUUUACAGAGUAUGAAUGAAGGACCCAAUAACUCCGUUGGCUUCUCUGCCAGUUCUCCAGUCCUCAGGCAGAUGAGCUCGCAGAAUUCACCUAGCAGAUUAAAUAUACAGCCCACAAAAGCUGAGUCCAAAGAUAACAAAGAGAUUGCAUCCAUUUUAAAUGAAAUGAUUCAGUCCGACAACAGCUCUAGUGAUGGCAAACCUCUGGAUUCCGGGCUUCUGCAUAACAAUGACAGACUCUCAGAUGGAGACAAUAAAUACUCCCAAACCAGUCACAAACUAGUGCAGCUUCUGACAACAACAGCAGAGCAGCAGUUACGGCAUGCCGAUAUAGACACAAGUUGCAAAGAGGUACUGUCUUGCUCAGGCACUUCCGGCUCGGCCUCUGCUAACUCUUCGAGCGGCUCUUGCCCCUCCUCUCAUAGCUCACUGACAGAGCGGCACAAGAUUCUGCACAGGCUCUUACAGGAGGGCAGCCCCUCGGAUAUCACCACUUUAUCUGUCGAGCCUGAUAAAAAGGACAGUGCGUCCACUUCUGUGUCAGUGACUGGACAGGUACAAGGGAACUCGAGCGUAAAACUAGAACUGGAUGCUUCAAAGAAAAAAGAAUCAAAAGACCAUCAGCUCCUACGAUAUCUUUUAGAUAAAGAUGAGAAAGAUAUAAGAUCAACUCCAAACCUGAGCCUGGAUGAUGUGAAGGUGAAAGUGGAAAAGAAAGAACAGAUGGAUCCUUGUAACACAAACCCAACCCCAAUGACCAAACCUGCUCCUGAGGAAAUUAAACUGGAGUCCCAGAGCCAGUUUACAGCUGACCUUGACCAGUUUGAUCAGUUACUACCCACACUGGAGAAGGCAGCCCAGUUGCCAGGCCUGUGUGAGCCGGAGAGGAUGGAUGGUGCGGUCACCAAUGUAACGAUCAAAUCAGAGACCCUGCCAGCUUCGCUUCAGUCCACCACUGCCAGACCCACUUCCAGGCUGAAUAGAUUACCGGAGCUGGAAUUGGAAGCUAUUGAUAACCAGUUUGGACAGCCAGGAACAGGUGAUCAGAUUCCAUGGGCAAAUAAUACAGUGACUACCGUAAAUCAGAAUAAACCAGAAGACCAGUGUAUUAGUUCACAAUUAGAUGAGCUUCUCUGUCCACCAACAACAGUAGAAGGAAGAAAUGAUGAGAAGGCUCUUCUUGAACAGCUGGUGUCCUUCCUCAGUGGCAAAGAUGAAACGGAGCUAGCUGAACUAGAUAGAGCUCUGGGGAUUGACAAACUUGUCCAGGGAGGUGGAUUAGAUGUGUUAUCAGAGAGAUUUCCACCACAACAAGCAACACCACCUUUGAUGAUGGACGAAAGACCCAACCUUUAUUCCCAGCCUUAUUCUUCUCCUUCACCUACUGCCAAUCUCUCCAGCCCUUUCCAAGGCAUGGUCAGGCAAAAACCUUCACUGGGGACUAUGCCUGUUCAAGUAACACCUCCCCGAGGCGCUUUUUCACCCAGCAUGGGCAUGCAGCCCAGACAGACUCUGAACAGACCUCCCGCUGCCCCCAACCAGCUGCGGCUUCAGCUUCAGCAGCGCUUGCAGGGACAGCAGCAGUUGAUACACCAAAAUCGGCAAGCUAUCUUAAACCAGUUUGCAGCAAACACUCCCGUUGGCAUCAAUAUGAGAUCAGGCAUGCAGCAGCAGAUUACACCUCAGCCACCCCUGAACGCCCAAAUGUUGGCACAGCGCCAGCGGGAGUUGUACAGCCAACAGCACCGACAGAGGCAGCUAAUACAGCAGCAAAGAGCCAUGCUCAUGAGGCAACAAAGCUUUGGGAACAACCUCCCUCCCUCAUCUGGACUGCCAGUUCAAAUGGGGAACCCCCGUCUUCCUCAGGGUGCUCCGCAGCAAUUUCCCUACCCACCAAACUAUGGUACAAAUCCAGGAACCCCACCUGCUUCUACCAGCCCGUUUUCACAACUGGCAGCAAAUCCCGAGUCAACCUUGGCCAACCGCAACAGCAUGGUGAACAGAGGCAUGACAGGAAACAUGGGAGGACAGUUUGGCACUGGAAUCAAUCCUCAGAUGCAGCAGAAUGUCUUCCAGUAUCCAGGAUCAGGAAUGGUUCCCCAAGGUGAGGCCAGCUUUGCUCCAUCUCUAAGCCCUGGGAGCUCCAUGGUGCCGAUGCCAAUCCCUCCUCCUCAGAGCUCUCUGCUCCAGCAGACUCCACCCACUUCUGGGUACCAGUCACCAGACAUGAAGGCCUGGCAGCAAGGAGCAAUGGGAAACAACAACGUGUUCAGUCAAGCUGUCCAGAGCCAGCCCACGCCUGCGCAGCCCGGAGUGUACAACAAUAUGAGCAUCACCGUGUCCAUGGCAGGUGGAAACACAAAUGUUCAGAACAUGAACCCGAUGAUGGGCCAGAUGCAGAUGAGCUCUUUGCAGAUGCCAGGAAUGAACACUGUGUGCCCUGAGCAGAUAAAUGAUCCAGCACUGAGACACACAGGCCUCUACUGCAACCAGCUCUCAUCCACUGACCUUCUCAAAACAGAAACAGAUGGAACCCAGGACAAGAAGACAGAAGAGUUCUUCUCUGUGGUGACUACAGACUAGAGGAAUGCUCUACAGGUGCAACAGGUUCAGGUGUUUGCUGACGUCCAAUGUACAGUGAAUCUGGUAGGCGGGGACCCUUACCUGAACCAGCCUGGUCCACUGGGAACUCAAAAACCCACGGCAGGACCACAGACCCCCCAGGCCCAGCAGAAGAGCCUCCUUCAGCAGCUACUGACUGAAUAACCACUUUUAAAGGAAUGUGAAAUUUAAAUAAUAGACAUACAGAGAUAUACAAAUAUAUUAUAUAUUUUUCUGAGAUUUUUGAUAUCUCAAUCUGCAGCCAUUCUUCAGGUCGUAGCAUUUGGAGCAAAAAAAACCCACAAAAAAACAAAAAAAAAAAAAAAACAACAAAGGAAUUCACUUUUGUUGGAAGAUUGAGAGGUGUUUUUGUUUCUUUGUAAAGGCCUUGGAUAUUGAAAAAAAAAAAUAACAAGGCAGAACAGUUGGACAAUCUAUUUCUUGAGCCAAAUUUAAUUAUUCUUAUUUUUGUAAUCAGUCAUUGGCUUCUUAUCUGGAUGAAGGCUUUUGGAGGAGAACCAAAACGACGAGUUCCAAGGGGAAGAUGAAGCCCCGCCCCUGCUGGCUCAGUCCUGACCCUGACGAGGAAGAAGGGCCCAAGGGCCCGGUGGGGCUUUGCCUGUGCCCGUCCACCAAAGGCUGUCACGUGUGUCUGAAUCAACAGCCCUCCCCUUCCCGACCCCAGGCAGCUUGUGUGUACAAUCAGCUUCUUCUAGCAACUCUAUAUCUGUUGGCUUCAAGAGAAUAUUUUGCCUCCCAUAUGUACCCCUUCUCCUUUUUUUAAAGAUGGAUUUAAACCAAGAUGCCUCCAGGAAUGAGGACGAAAUGAGUAUAUUCACAGAGGAAUCCAAAAAAUACAGUUUGGGGGAAAAUGCAAUAAUUUUUGAUGAGAUGGGUGAAGGACAAGAAACAAGUUCUGUCAAUUAUUGUAGAUAACAAUUUUCUGAUUAAAUCUGGAAAAAAAAGGCAGCCGGUUCUUUCUGCUUUUAUUGUAUUAACAGCUAAGGUAGCUAAAGUUAUUUAAAAUAAAGUUAAAUUUAUGAUCCAAGUAGCUUAUUUUUCCCUUUAAAUCUCACUGUAAAUAUACUUGAUUUCUUGUAGAAAUUGAUUUCCUCCUGUUUAAUUUUAUGGUUUUAUUAUCAUACUCUUGAUUUUUCUAAAUUUGUGUGUGAAUAUAUCAUUGAUUGAAUUGCAGUUACAUUUGGCUAGUAAGAUUUCAUUAUUUUAAUAACUGUGAUGCCAUGUAUGGAUUUACUUUGAGGUUCAAAUCAAAAUGCCACUGCCAGAAAGAGCUGUUCCAGAUGAGCUAGAGCCUACUGCCCUAGAGUGUCCCUGGGAUCAUCUAACUUGAGACAGUGCAAGAAAUUAACACCAGAAGUGCACAGGCUACUUGUACAGAGAAAAAUCAGUACUCAAAAAAAAUCUUCAUUUGUUUUAGAUUGACUUUGGGGAUUUGAAUUUUCAUCAGCGCAAAUACAAAUUUCUCUAUCCUACUCUGAGGCUAACUGGUACCGUAUUUUCCCUUUGUGUCUUGUCACUCUGCCACGUCUUGUCUCAUCCUGGCCUGUGAGUCAAGGACCCAGUGAACUGCCUCUAGUUCUAGAAGUUCCACUGCAAGGCCAGGAAAGCUUGAGAAAGGUAUUGUGGAAGAAGCAAAGGUAGACCCCCCCAUCACUCGCCUUUACCUGCACCCCGGGCCUGUGAAUGAUGACAGCAUCUGACAUCGUGCGCCAGCUACCUCUGCUUCCACAGCAGGGAAGAGACCAUAAGAACGAACAGCAGAAGAGGAGCAUGGACUCAGACACCAAGGAAGAAGCCAUUUUCCCAGGUCCUCCUUUCUGCAUCUCACCACCCCUAGUUACAAAUAACUCCAUUGACAGCAUCUACUCAGAAACUAUAUGGAAUAAAAAGAUUGCUGGAAGGGCUUACAUGGGUAGCAACUAUGAAACAGAAAUAGGACACUCAGUUACAAACAUUAUCUCUUUUAGUUUUUCAGAAAAUGCAUCCCUGAUUUCAUUCAUUCCCAGCUUGAACGCCCAGCCAUAUUACUCUAGUCCUUACCAAACUGCUCUAGGAGGUCAUUUCUGUUUUGUUUGUGAUAUUUAGAUGCGCAGACUUCAGGAAGUUCACCUUUAACUUCAGCAUUCCAGAUGAAGUUUCCUGCCUCAGUGCUUUUGCAUAAGGAACUAGUUUUUAAAAGCGGUAAGGAAAAUUGGAGAUGCUAAUAACAUCCUCCCAUCCCAACUGCACCUGAAAGUAUGCAUGUCACCUUCAAGGUUUUAUAAUUGCACUGUUUGUUUUAUGUAUGUACAGAUUAAAAUUAUUGCUACAUUUGAGGAAAAUAAAAUUGCUUGCUUCUAUGUAA